AUGCCCCAUUGGGGAAGACAACCUGGUGUUAAGAGCAUCAAAAGCCAUGGGCAGCGGGAGAAAAGUGUGGCAUUUGAGAUCGAGAGUGACAAUACAGAUGAGGAGGAAAUGAACAUUUUGGCCGCAAGAAAUCAUAACGCAGGGAGAGCUGCAUUAUCUGAAAAUAAUCUACCACAUCACAGAUCCGGGAAGAACAUUAAAAGAGGAACGAACGAAUCCAUAGAAACUUCAGACUCGUGUAUAAGUCUAGCUCAACAGACAUCGAGAGAAAGACAAAGUUCACAUUUACAGUCUGCGCUUUCCCGAAUACGUCGAGCUCAGGAGAAGGGAAAGAACGAUGUCAAACUCAGCAAGGAAGAGCUAAGUGCUCUAGAAAAAAGAAGGAAGCAGCUACAAAAUACCGCAAGGUCGAAGGAUUACCAAGAGAGUGAAAGCGAAGAUGAGCAGAGUAGAACAAUUGCAGUACCACUUUCAUCAGCCAUUAUAUCAGAGCAAAGCGCAUUGGAAUAUCAACGAAGAGAUAAAUUAAGAAUUAGUGGGGGCUCAGAAUCGAAGUCAGCUUCUAGCUCACACAGUUCCAGCAAAAUCAUCAAAGGCCCGGAUGGGAAAUUAUACGCUCCGUUGGAGAGCUUGAAUCAACUCCAAAGUACACACCGAUCUUUUGCACCUUGCUUUAAUGAGACCAGCUCAUCGUUUACUGACCAGGCUGGCUUCAUACGAAAUACUUCUGAUGAUGCUCGACAAACCUUCUCAAAUGGAUCCUACUCGUCGAAAUUUGACCGCUCUCCUAUCUCUAGCACUUACCCAAGCCACAGCGACGAUCCCUUCAGCCAUUCGAUGUCUUCGAACGCCUCUGUUAAUCUUACUCAUCGGAGCGCUCCGCAAACUUCUCUGGGCCUGCCCGAUAUUCCAUUCUCUCCUUUUCUCCGCAGCCAUACUUCUUCGUACCAUAAUGAUACAUCAGAUAUAAAAAAACAACGUGUGAAGGGUCGUGAAACAGAGGAAUCUUUAGACAAUGACUUCGAUUACGCAAAGGAAGAAAUAGGACAGUCGAGUGAACAAGAGUUUGCUAUGGACCAAACUUCACAGGGAACCCCGCCCACUCGAAGAUCGACAAGAAAGCGAAGACCAGUCAAGGGAUUUUCAUAG